AUGGCUAUUAGAGGUAGCACUCAUUUCUUGGCUUUGGCUUUGCUUAUAGUGAUUGGAAUUAACAUGUUAUGCAACUUUCAUGGCGUGACUGCACAAUUUUGCCAAGGAGCUGCUCUUUCUGAGAUCGCGACUAUAUGCGGCAAAUCGGUCGUGCCACCGGGUCCGGAGGUUCCUCCGUCGUCAGAGUGCUGCUCGGCGAUGCAAAUUGCCGAUAUCCCCUGCCUCUGUAAGUUGUUUACCAAAGAGAUUGAGGGAGUUAUGAGCCCAAAGAAAGUGGUUGAUGUUGCUAGGAGUUGUGGAGUGACUGUUUCGGCUGGAUUACAAUGUGGAAGUCCUCCCAAGUACUCGCAGUACAAAUACACAUACGUCCAAGAAUUUGAGAUAUAA